CAUGAAUGGUACUGGCUUUGUCAUGAUAUAUGACUGGUGUGGUGAAAUUCAUUACCGACGCUAUCUGGUGAGAGAGGAAGGAGGUUGUGGGAUUAAUUAAAGGAAGAAGAAGAAAUCCUUUUAUGUGGGAGUAACAGCAGAAGCAAAACAAAACAUCAUAGACAGACACAACAUUAUCUUUCAACUGUUGCUCUGCCUCUGCACAGAGAAUGGUGUGGGAGGGGAAACAGACAUGAUCUAUCUGUGUUCACAGCACCACUGUUUCCCUGCCUCACACCCUUAUCUAGAAGAACAAGAAUCAGCACAUACACCCGCCACAACGCCAUAGUCAUCAUCACUUAGAAGAACUUCACAAUUUUUAUUUUCUUGGAUAUGGCGAGUCUUGCUCUUGAAACCGAGGAUGUAAUCUCAGAUAUAUACCUUUCACUGGGACUUAAGGAAUCAGACAAAGGAGUAGGAGUUCCUCGAGUUUUAUCUCUUCUCUCUUCACUUCUUGAGAGAUCAGUUCAGAGAAACGAAACGCUAUUGGAGGCAAAGCACGUAAAAGAUGUAGUUACAGUAUUUCACGGUUUAAGAGCUCCUACUCUGAGCGUUCGAAAGUACAUUGAUCGUAUCUUCAAGUACUCAGGUUGCAGCCCAUCAUGCUUUGUCGUGGCACACAUAUAUGUGGACAGAUUCAUUCAACACACAGAAAUCAAAUUGACUUCACUUAAUGUGCACCGGCUUCUGAUAACAAGCAUCAUGCUAGCAGCAAAGUUUAUAGAUGACGCAUUCUACAACAAUGCUUACUAUGCAAAAGUUGGAGGAGUGAGCACGUCUGAAUUAAACAGGUUGGAGAUGAGCUUUCUAUUUGGCAUAGAUUUUAGGCUUCAGUUUAGUGUAGACACGUUUGGAAGAUAUUGUAGGCAAUUGGAGAAAGAAGCUGCAGAAGUAGUCCAAAUUGAAAGGCCAAUGCAGGCUUGUCGAAUUAAAGAAAGUUGGUCAAACAAAGAUGAUCCUACCUGUGCUUCCACAAUUGCAAGAUAAAAAUGUGGCAACACCAUUGUAGCAAUAUAUUGCUGUCCCACAAUUAACCGAGACAAAAUGAAUUUGAAGUAUUUCAAAGUAAAAAAAAAAAAGAGAGAGAGAGAGAAUAGAUUGUUCUAUACUUGCCACUGGAAAUUCAACCAUUUUUUACGGACACUAUUGUGUUUAGUUUUGUUUCCUUUGUAGUUUUUAUUUUUCCGUUUUAUUGUUUUGCCCCCCGUUUGUAAUUGCAUGCUUGGAACCGGAUAGAGAUUGUGUUGAAAUUUUAUCGCUUACAAUUCGUUUGAGUUUCCUCAA